AUGCCAUUUCCCAUGGUCUGCAGGACGCGCCCUGGGAGGGGCGGGGAGCAGGUGUCCUUGUCCCUGAUGCUACCGUCCGCCCUGUCCCCAGGCGAAGCUGCUCCGGACGCUCCCUGGGAGGGUUUCCGUCAUGAAGAGCUUGCUCCGGGAGGAGACAAAGGAGGAGAAACUCCACCUCUGAGCGGUGGUGUGGGAGCGCUGGGUGCGCUGUCUGCUGACGGCCGCCGCUGCCAGCACGGCCGGACAAGGCGCCUCGCCUCUCCGCUCCUCUCCCCGCAGGCCGCCGCUCCCCGCGCCCCGAAGAGGCCGAAGCAGCGCCCGGCGGAGCGCGGCGGGGCCGGGCCGGGCAGCACGGCCGGCUCUGCCCGCGGGGCCGCCCCGCUCCCGCCCCCGCCGCCCUCCGGCCUCCCCCGCCCCUGCGUCCGCUUCAAGUGCGGCCUCGCCGGGCCCGUCCUGGAUGUGCUGCGCCGGCGGCCCGGCUGGCAGCAGGCGAAGGACGAGGAGGAGUGGGAUUUUCUCUGGUGUGAUGUCAGUUGGCUUCGGGAGAAUUUUGACCACACGUACAUGGAGGAGCAUGUUCGCAUCUGCCACUUUCGCAAUCACUAUGAGCUGAGUCGGAAGAACUAUUUAGUGAAGAACCUGAAGAGGUUUCGGAAGCAGUUAGAAAGAGAAGCAGGAAAGCUUGAGGCAGCAAAAUGUGACUUUUUUCCAAAGACAUUUGAAAUGCCUUCAGAGUACCAUUUGUUUGUGGAAGAAUUUCGCAAGAAGCCUGGCAUCACUUGGAUAAUGAAACCGGUUGGCAGGUCACAAGGUAAAGGAAUCUUCCUGUUCCGAAAACUGAAGGAUAUCAUUGACUGGAAGAAGGAUGGUGUCCGUGCAGAUGAGCAGAAAGAUGAAACACAAAUAGAAACUUAUGUAGCCCAGCAAUAUAUUGAAAACCCAUACUUAAUAGGAGGUCGAAAGUUUGACUUGAGAGUUUAUGUUCUAGUGACAUCUUACAUCCCACUGAAGGCCUGGUUAUACAGAGAUGGAUUUGCUCGCUUUUCCAAUACACGAUUUACUCUGAAUAGCAUAGAUGAUCACUGUAUCCUACCUGUCUCUGUGUGUGAUGUUCAUCUCACCAAUGUGGCAGUGCAAAAGACUGCUCCAGAUUAUGAUCCCGAGAAGGGCUGCAAGUGGAUGAUUCAGCAGCUCAGGCAGUACUUGACUGCCAAGCAUGGACCAGGAUCGGUGGAAGUUCUCUUCGCGGAUAUGGACAACAUUUUCAUCAAGAGCCUCCAGAGCGUUCAGAAAGUGAUUAUCAGUGACAAGCAUUGCUUUGAGCUCUACGGCUAUGACAUCUUGAUCGAUCGGGAUCUGAAACCCUGGCUUCUGGAGGUAAAUGCUUCACCUUCCCUUGUUGCCAGUAGCCAGGAAGACUAUGAACUCAAGUGUCAUCUUCUCAAAGACACGCUUCAUAUUGUGGACAUGGAAGGCAGGCUGACAGGGAAGGAGAAGCGUGUUGGAGGCUUUGAUCUGAUAUGGAACGACGGGCCUGUCAGCAGAGAGGGAAACCUGGGUACCCCGGUGAAUGGGAACUUCAUGGCAAACACACAUUUAGGCUGCUAUAAUGACAGGAAGCAACAACUGAAGCAGCUUUUCAGGACUCUUUCUGCGCAGCAGACAGUGUAAGGCCGAUACCAAGCUUGGGUUGGGAGAUCACCAUAGGUGAAGUUCGUGGUGUCUCUCCCUCUCUUCCUCAUAUGCAGCAGCAGUUCCCAUUCCUCUCUGGACAUGGCUGCCUCAGCACAAGACUGCUGAGCUUCUUUCCUAAGGAUUCCCCAGCUGGGAGGCUGCAACAGGCUUGAAUAAAACAUUUCAUAAUGGCCGA